GCUGCAGGUUACACCCACUCCUCUUCCUCCUCCUCCUCCUCCUCGCUGUCUGCAGCUUCCUCUGCAUCCUCCCUUCAUGCUCUCUGGAGUCAGCUACCACCAGGGUUUCUCCUCUGCUUUAAUGACGGUCUGCUAGAUCUGAGAAGAAGAAACCCUCCUUUAAACUUUACACUUAGUGGAUUAAACACACAGAACCCGUCGCUCUAGUGGCUGAAUGCUGCGUUCACAGACACGACGCGAUUGGAAUGAGAAGACGCGCAAAAAGUUUUUAUCAAGACGACUAAUUAAGGAUGCACUGGUUAUUGUUCCCCAAAAUAGGCCUGCUGGUUUGUUUCCACAGCUAUAUAUCCGCCUUUACACUGGGAACUAGAAACCAGAUGUAUGAUGAGUCCUACUAUGAGUAUGUGCCUGAUCGCCUGCAAUGGGACAAUGCAGGAGAUCUGUGUAACCAGCGCUUUGGGGCCUUGGCCACUGCCUCCAACCCAGUAGAGAAGCAAGAGCUGACCAGCUUUUUAAAAUCCUUGAACAUCUCUCACCCUGUGUGGAUUUCCAGGAAAGUCAUGACACGUACAACAACAAGUUCCUCCUCGGACACCCUGAUUCUGGAGUUCACUGAGCGCUCGGACAGGAAGCAUGCCCGUCUCCGGCACAAGUUCUCCUCCAUGGAUUCAGUGACCGUUUGCACCCGUCUCCGCUUCGAUCCAAAUUUCUCUGGAAUUUCCACCAUUUUUUCUUAUUCCAUCCAGUCAUAUAUUAAUGAGUUCCAGCUCCGUGUGAAGCUGACCAAGAGCAAGCCUGUGCAACUGGCUCUGCUGGUCCAUGGCAUUCAUGGACCUUACCAAGAAGCCUUCGACCACGACGACUCCUGGCACUCUGUGUGCGUUUCUUGGAGCCAGAACGGUGGACGCUGGGCACUGUAUAUUCAUGGCCUUAUGGUGUCAAGGGGUGAUGGAUUAAGUUCUAACAGCAUUGGCCCGGAUGGCCGUUUCAUUAUUGGACAGGAGCAGGGCACCUUUGGGGGUUCAUUUAAGAAGGAUGAGUCAUUCUCAGGGAGCAUCACAGAGCUGCACAUAUGGGAUCGGGUACUGAACAGCAGCGAAAUCUACACCAUGGAAAAGUUGUGUUCACCCAUUUCCUCUGGGCUGGUGUUCAAGUGGAGUGAAGCAGCCAUGGAAAUAGAGUCAUCCCUUGCGAAGCUGAGGAGAGACAGCCCAUGUCAAGGAAACUUCACCGUGUCAGCAGAUUCGUUCUUGGAUUCCCUCCUGGAUGGAAAUUCUUUGCAGAAUCAAACCUUCUCCUUUGAGUUGUUCCAAAGCCCUGAGCCUAAGUCUGAGUCUGAGUCCGAGUCUUGUGGCAUCUUUGACCCUGUUACUGAGAGCUCGGGCCUGGUCAAGUGUGACUCAUUCAGAGGGGCCGUCUGCCAGUUUAAGAAAGAAGUGCUGGAUGUUAUCAGUUUACCAAAGACACCAUUCUUCAGUAGAUUGAGCAAGGAUUCUCUGACCAAAUCUCUGAUGGUUAAUCUGAGCAGUAAUACCUCCCUGGACAGAGAUCUGGCCUCACUGCAGCAGCUGACCCAGGCUGUUCUUCAGGUGGUGGAGGCCGGUGGCCCUCACCUCCUCACCUCCAGUGAUGUCCUCUACCUCACCCAGAUGAUUGAGACGGACCUCACAGCACUGGCUUCUAGCUCUCACCCUGCUGGAGCUGGCGCAGCAGAAGUCAUGGUGUCCAUUGCUACCAGCUAUGUACAGGUGGCGAGUUUGAUGCUGGAGCCACACAUGGCUACACAGUGGAUGGGCCUGUCAGAGGAUGGGGUCAGUGUGGGACCUUUUACUAUUGUCCAGAGCAUUGACAGUCUCAGUGAAACUCUUGCAGACAUGCUAUCUGCUGAGAGAAGAGACUUCACCCUUUCCACCAAGAACAUAGAUGUGUACAUGACGUGGCAGAAGCUAACUGAAGACAGUUGUAGUCAAGUUUUCAAGCCAUCUGCAGUUGGCUCUCACACCGCCAGCAGCAGUGGUCAGGAUGAGUUGCUUAUCCCUGACACUGAGCUCCAGAGGAUACACGCACUGGGGUAUGAGGAAGUGAUGUUGAUUCAUACCCACUACAGCCAUCUGAGUGAGAUUGAGUCUGGAGCACAGGAGCCUCCACAGAGUCACCAAGAGAAAGUCAAAAGAACUCUACCAGGUCACCUGGCUUCUGUUGUCAUCUCAGCCACCGUCCGUGAUGCCUCCAAGGCCCAAACCAUCCCCGUGGCCAUCAAGUACACCCUUUCCUCAUCACACGUGGUGGAGUAUUCACAGCGAGUUACUCCUGUUUGUGCCUUUUGGAAUUUCAGCUUGAUGCAUAAUCAUACCAGUAGCUGGUCCAGUGAUGGUUGCAGGGUGACCUUUGCCGGCUCUGGUGUCACUUCCUGUCUCUGUAACCACACCACCAACUUUGCAGUGCUGAUGAAUUACCUGGAGUCGAAGUGGAGUCCUGAGGAAGAGCUUAUUUUGACCAAGCUGACGUUCAUCGGCUCUGGUGCUUCUCUGUGUGCACUGGUGGUGACCUUGAUGCUGUUCACUGUGCUGGAUAUCCCCAAAUCUGACAGGACGUCCAUCCAUAAGAACCUGUUCAUCGCUCUGAUCUGCGCCCAGGUGAUUCUGCUCUGCAGCGGCUCAGCGAUACACAACAAGGUGGCGUGUACACUCGUGGCGGCGCUCCUCCAUCUCUUCUUCAUGGCAGCAUUCAGCUGGAUGCUGGUGGAGGGUCUGCUGCUCUGGAGCAAAGUGGUCGCAGUCAACCUAAGCGAAGAUCGUCACAUGAAGUAUUACUAUCUCAUCGGCUGGGGUCUGCCGGUGCUGAUAGUCACCAUCACGCUGGCAUCAGCCUCGGGCAAAUACUCGGCCGACGGCUACUGUUGGCUCAGUGUCCAGAAUGGCAUUAUCUGGGGCUUUGCUGGGCCCGUCAUCUUCAUCAUCAUGGUGAACGUCAUGGUACUGACCAGGGUGGUGGUCAUCACCAUCUCCACAGCCAAGAGGAGGUCCAUCAUGUUGGCUAUGGGCACCAGUCCUGUGGAUCAAGCCUACGAGCAAAUCAGGGCUGCAGUGAAAGCAGUGUUGGUGUUGCUGCCCAUUCUCGGAUUGACGUGGCUGUGUGGUGUCUUGGUGCCUUUCUCCAUCGUCAUGGCCUACAUCUUUAUCCUCCUCAACUCCCUGCAGGGCCUGUUCAUCUUCCUGAUAUAUGGGGUGUACAACACAGAGGUUCGGAGCACGGUCAACAGGAUCAAGGAAAGGAGAAAAGCGCUUAAUUUUUCAAACUGCGCCAGUUCCCGACCAUCCAGCUCAGUUACCAGUUCUCGUCCAGUCAGUUUCCCACUAGGAACUACCCCAAGCCAGGAGGAGGACGCCACCCCUACCAACACCCCCGGCCUGGCGAAGGAGGAAGAGAAGACCAGAGGUCAGCUGUCCAUUCCUUGUGUUCCUGAGAGAUUAGAAAAUCCCUUGAGCCAAACCUCCAAAGGCUCUCAUCUGCAUAGAAAGGAGCCUCCUCCCUCAGAGGCGGACGCCUUGCCGGCUGGUUGUACUCUUCAUGUUCCCAUGGAGCUGGAGUUCACAACUUCCUGUUUCCCUCGCAGCCCUGCGCCUCAGAAAAGCUACAGCCUCGUCUGCGUUGACUGACCUGGCCGGUGACGUUGAUUUUAGUUUCAUAUUGUGAGUUGGUGAAAUGUUUUCUUUGUAUAUUAUAGCUCCUAUUUCCUUAAAUCUUCAGUUUUCUGUAGGGCUGUCCUCGACCAAAGACAUUCUUAGUUGACUAUGAUUUUCUCGACUAAUCGACAGAUCUGUAAAACUGAGUUUCUCCACAAAGAAUCACACAAAAGCACCACUGUAAGUCUUGUGUUUAACAGAGAUGUGUUCACAAGUUUUGUGGAAAUGAGUCGUUCAGCAUGACUAAUCGACUAAAGAAAUCUUAAUCAAGUAAGAGGGGGCAGCUCUAGUUUCCUCUCACCUAUAAUCACUGAAGAGACGCAGGAAUAUUUGGCACAUCCGUGUUUCAUAGUGUUGCAUACCUUCAUACCGGUUGUAUUUUCAGUGAUCUAGGACUCAUUAACAGUGCCUUUAUUUUAAGAUGCGCUGCACAAUAAUGUUAGCUAAAUGACUCAAUUAGAAUUUGAAUCUAAACUUUUCUAAAAAUGUCCAAGCUUUCACUAAAAGUGCAUUGUUUUUGCAUUUGGUAUGUUUGUAUGUUUGUCAUGGUGUAUUCUCUUUCAUGGCUUCAGUUGCUGUACAUUUGCUUGUGAAAGCGUUGGUGUAUAUUGUCCACUGAAGUGAGUAAUGGGGUGUAUUUUUGACCCAUUAGAGUGAGACUUGAUUCAGGUGGACACUUUUAUCACAUCCCCCUUUCUUUCCCCUGGUUUCUUGUCAUUCUACUGCCAAAUAAAGGCCAGAAUGGCAUGAAAAAAUAAUAAGAUGAAGCAGAACAAGUGAGUAAUAUUGUACAGCAUCUCUGAUUCUUCAUCUGAUCUCAUGUCAUUCAAGAGAUGUUGGAAUAGCUAUUAAUUUCCCCCCCACGAAAAAACACAUGUAAUGGAAGUGGAUUGUGUUAGUGUGCGCAGGAAGCGAGAAUCUGGUGUUAUAAGCAUAAUUAUUUAUUGAAAUAUGAGGAAAAAUUCAAUUAGCCUCAGAGAGACACUCCCCAGGACGGGGGCAGUGAUAGGGGCAGUCAGGAUGUCAGCAGGAGGAGCAAAAGUCAGACAAAGCGGGAGGGAAAUAGCAUUUUGAUCCAUCGUGUAUCCAUGUGUUGACAGCGUACAUGAGCAUGUGAAUGCACAAAGAUAGUCAUCCGUGUUAAAGCAUUUAUCCUGCGUACAAGUCUGUCUUGACCGUUGCUCUUACAGCUACAGAAUUUCAGACCAUUCCCUUUAACUUCUGACAGCUGAAGUGACAGAAAACUUUCACCAAACUCAUCUCAAAACAAGCUCCUGUUGGGGACUUCUGCACUAAGUCAUGCACUAUUAAUGUGCAUGACUGUAUUGCCUGCAUGUGGUAUCACCUGUAUGUUACAGGAAGUCAAAGGCAGCUGCAGAACCUAAACACAGAAAUUUGAGAAAGUGGGUGAUAAAAGAUUGUCUGAUCAAUAGACUUAAUUAAUGAGGGUGGGACCAGGAACUGCUUAAUGACAUGGGGGAUUUUUAAGUGAAUUUUCUGUACAUUAAACAUGCCACUGAAAGA